UGUGCACGAGUGUGGCAUCAUUGAGUGCAGAGCCACAGAGUCGCGCAGUACAGCACCAGUGCCACACAGCGUCAGUACAGUAACAGUGCCACACAGCGUCAGUACAGUAACAGUGCCACACAGCAUCAGUCCAGCAGCAGGAUGAAGUUCUCCCGAGUGUUCCUGUUCGUGUUCGCGUGCCUGGUCGCGCUGAGCGCCGUCAGCGCCGCGCCAGAGCCGAGGUGGAAGGUCUUCAAGAAGAUUGAGAAGUUGGGCCAAAACAUCCGCGAUGGUAUCAUAAAGGCAGGACCCGCAGUGGCCGUGGUGGGAUCAGCAGCAGCCAUAGGAAAGUGAUCCCUACGACCUGAGACAUGAAGACUAAUAUCCACUAAAAUAAGAAUAUUGAGGCUUUAUAUUAAUUUAUUAUGUUUGUAAAUUAAAUUAUUUGUAAGAUA